CGGACAUACGCCCAGUUAAAGCGUGCAGUCAGCGCAAACAGUGAUACUUGUAACUACUACGAAUGCGAUUUUUUCCUAUACAAUUUUUAUGUAUACAUGUAUGUAUGUACAGCUUCACCUUCUAAAAGUUUCAACUUGCACAAUAAGUUGUACAAUGUUCUCAUGAGAUUUCGCCAAUAAUCGCUACUGUAGUUAGUCAGAGUGCGUAAUUAAUUGCCAUAAAGCUGAACAUAAUACAAACGCCAGCUAGAAUUUUCUCAGGUAUAUCUAACAUAGUCAUUAGCCAUUAAUACGGGUAGCGCCUAGUUAAGACAAAAAAUAUUUAAGACAAAUAGGUACUACUUGUCAGUGUCGAAGCAGUCAAGCCCCUUCUUUUAAUUCACGUCAUACUUUACCUCUAGUUAAUGAUGGCAGACCUGUACUGAAUUGAGGCUCUAAGUGGGGCCGGACUCCCAGCGCGUUACGCUCACAACAUUAGAAACCGGCACCCUGCAUAAGCGGAUUGUCUUUACCAGCACUAAACAUUAAGGUGCCUCUGUCUACCGAACAUACUAAUCAUCUGUCGUGCACACCUACGCAAGUUUUUCCAAAGGACAACGUAACUGUCAAUGUUUUGGGCAACGGUCACCUUCUAGAUCUUCAUUGCCUGUUGCCACAGGCACCUGAAUUUAUCCAUGAUGAGAAAGUACGCUCAACUUGGCCUUGUGAUCAUCUGCGUACUUUCCAUCGGCGGGCUUCUCGUCAUGGAACGACGAUAUUCACACAUGAAAGUAUUUCUAGAAGUGGCCGACAUGUUCCAGACAUCCGAUGCAAAACUGAAGUGCCACCAACAGCUCGAGUCACUUCGGACCCAGCUGGAAAGGACUUACCUGGCGCUAACUCAUAGCGUGGAGCCUAGCUGGAAGCAAACCGCCUUAUCAGGCUUCAUCUACACGGCAUUCUAUUCGCCGCACGAUGCCAAGGUCACUCUGCUUAUGGUAGCGCCUACAAAGCCGGGCGCGUGCCGUCUUUGGUUAGAUCAAAGGACCGUGAUUGAUGUCGUAGCAACGGUCAGCGUUCUGGCGUCAACAAAUGACCACUGGGCUAUGGCGGUUCAUUGUUCCAAUACGAAUGUGACAACGACUCCGCUGAUGGUCGAAGUCAGCGGCGUCUCACUUCCAAUAGAAGUUCUUGCCGCACCAGCUAGUACUCUUUCCAUAUCGGAAAAUGUCGCUGUUUGUGUUCGACCAUUGAAUAUCUCCUCAGCUGAUGAGAUAGAGCUGGCCGAAUUCAUGACGUACUAUAAUCGCCUUGGAGUUGCCAAUUUCUACGUCUAUGAUGAGGGUUUACCAACUAAUGUGAAGACGUUUGUGAAGCGAGCGGGGUUUAUUCAAACGUCGCUGAAUUCGCAGCUAAUCCAGUGGAACGUGCCGGUGUCUGUGGACGAAUCGCUGAUGGAAGCCAUUUUGAAGGCUGAUUGCUUGUUAAGGUCAGGAUUGACAUCGAAAUACGUCGCCGUACUUAAGCUUAACGAAUAUUUCGUGAUACGUAGGGACCAAUUUAAUAUGACGUCACUCCUUGCCGCCGUCCUACAACCCGGUCAGGUUCUUGCAGUUCAUGAGCGACUCUUUUGUGACGAGUUCCCGGACGACGUGAUCGCAUCAGCGCUCAACUACCCAUUUGUCACAUUGCGAAAAACUCGCUUCAGCCGCAACGAUAAACAACAUCGGAUUGUAAUUGUUCACGCUGGUAGCCUUGUAUUACUCAAGAGGCUUUUACGUGGCGGGAUGUCCUAUGCUGGCACCAGCCAUAUCAGCUACUUGAGCGAGGAAAGUGCUCACUUAAAUGUCUACACGUCAUGUAAACAUAUGCAUUUUUGGCUACGCAAAAACAACCUUCUGCAGCAGCUACAACAAGAAAAUAAAGCUUCAUUUGUUGAUAUACAGCUUACAAAAUUGCACGAGGCGCUUUUUGGCUCUAAACUAUACAAACAGGCAAUACACCAGAAAUCAUCUACGUACCAUCUUAUUGCUUAGGGUGAAUU